UCACUUACACGCACAAUGUAAUGAACCCUAAAUAUUGAUAAAACAUCAAAAUGGGUUCGAAGCACCAUCCUGAUUUGAUUAUGUGCCGCAAGCAGCCUGGUAUCGCUAUUGGAAGGCUGUGUGACAAGUGUGACGGGAAAUGUCCGAUAUGUGACUCCUACGUGAGACCGUAUACUCUCGUGAGGAUAUGUGAUGAGUGUAACUACGGUACAAACCAGGGGCGAUGUGUUAUAUGCUCGGGACCUGGUAUAUCCGACGCUUACUACUGUAAGGAGUGCUGCCAAUGUGAAAAGGAUAGGGAUGGGUGUCCAAAGAUUAUAAACCUGGGUAGUGCCAAAACAGAUCUCUUUUACGAACGGAAGAAGUAUGGAUAUAAGCCCACGUGAUAUAUUCAAGG